UGGGCCUACUCUCGUGUGCUUAUUUCGGUUUGACUUAUUCGAUGAAACUGAAAUGCAGAUUUAAACAGACUUCACUUCAUUCAUUACUGCCACCUAGGGGCACGUAGAUGUACUGCUCUCUCAUAGACCGAGUCAGGUUUAUUAUUGUGGAGUUAUGCAACUUGAUUCCUUUUCUGAUCCUGAUAAGACAUGAACAGGUUUGAGUAGAAUCGUAGGCAUUUAUUUCGUCUGUAUCUAAGGUGGAAUUUUUUUUUUGAAUGUGAACUACACAUUUUAAAGGGUAUAACCUUACCUCUGUUUUUUUAGUUUUUAUUUUUAUUUUUUUAUUCAGAUCAUUGUUUAUUAAUUUGCUGAGCUGUGCGUGUUUUCCACGUCUCCAUGGAUCAGCUUCAUUUAAUAUUAACACAUUCGGCGUCAAUUUGACACCCUGGCACUGUUAUUUAUUUGAACAUCAGGGCAGGACCUUUAACGCAACAGCACUGGCGAUUAAUAGGAACGCGUGUUAUAUUUCGAUACGGCGCAAACAGGCGGAUUAUGGAGGGUAGAUUUUAAGGAUGGAGACUCUGAGGCGCGUGGAGGAGAGCGGAGCGGAGCGGCGGGUGCGCUUCCGGGUGGCGUCGGCGCGCAGCGGCAAGGUGCUGCGGGAAGUGUUCAGGGAAGACGAGGAAGGAACAGAAGACUCGGCGGAUUCAGACACCGCCGCCGCUUCGGAGGCUGAGCGCGACGUCUCUCCUGCUAUCAGUGAGGCGAACGGGCAUCUGAUCGGCCUGGAGGUGGAGCAGCAGGGGGACAGCGGCAGCGAUCCGGACGACCUGCUGGUGUACGCGAGCACAGCGCACGAGCAGCGCUUCACUCGCAAGCGCGUGAACAUCUUCAGCAAGAACGGUACUGUCCGUGGCGUGAGGGACAAAGUGAGCGCUGGCCAAGUGCUCUUCAAUAAUCUCUCUAAACUCUAUGGGGCCAAAGAGACCAUGUCUGCAAAGAAGCUGCCUGCAGGAGUUUAAAGAAGUGCAGAGCAGAACACAGCAGCACAUCUGGACAGGGGGUUGCAUGAGGAGCCUCAGUAAUCUGUUCUGAACAUUGACCAGGGAGGGACUGCUUUAAUCACUUUCCAUUAACACACGUUUUAGGAAACUUUAUUUAGGAACUGACAUUUCCAGGUGCAGUUCUGUACUCCUUGAAAAAAAAAAGGAAUUUACAGAAGAGUCCACUGGAUGUUUUUAUAGGACAUUACACAAAGGAAAUUCUGAGGUCUGGGAUAAUAUAGUCAGAAUUUUUGGUUCUAGUAAGGACCCUGGACUAACAGCGUCUUGUUUGUGCUUCUACUGGAACACCCAGACAGCAAGGCAUUACAACCUGCUCUGAUAUACAGCAUGUGAUCACACAUGGCACAUUUUAUUGUUUUGACUUCAACAGAAGGAUAAUUCUUUUGUGGUGAAUCAAGUGCAUAUUUUCUUUUGCAUACAUAUAGAAUUGGCAAGCUUGUGGGAUAAGCAAACAUACAAGGUGAACAUUAUCAAAUGUUCCUUGAAACUGGAAUUAAACUGCUGUAGGGGAUGUUUCAUCUCUAAAAUAAAGUCCUUCAGCUGAACAUUAAAUGGUUAAAGAGCCAUUACUUGUAUGAUGAUCAUUGAUUAUUGCAUUUGAUCCUGAAUUAUUAAUUGCCUACGUACUCAAUAUUAGUUUGAAUAAUAACAACAAUGUAAAUAUGCACUUUAUAUAAAUAUUAACUUUGUGGAUUUUUAUUAUUUAGUAACAGAGAUGAUGGGAAUGACACUGGUUCAGAGCCUGUCAGUUUUAGUUUUGUAUGUUAAUUAAUUCUAAAAUGAAUUGUAACUAUGAAUGUCAUGAUUUUUUUCACUUUCCAUUUUGUUUAAAUACAUUUUCUUCUGUAAUUUAAAAAAAAAAAUAGAAUCAGCAGAACAGUUUCUGACACUGUAGAUUCAAAAUGUCUGUUUCAUUAAAAACUGAUAAACAAAAUAGGACAUUGGUACUGGUUUCCUUAUCAUACUUAUUCUAUUUGUGUGUAAAAAAAAAAGUUAGUGUUUACUACACAUCCUUGAGGAACUGUGCAAGGUGACACACCUUCUGCACCUCCUCCACAUGUACAAGUUAAAUUAUGCACAAGA